AUGUUAACUUCGACGUCAGUGACUGCGUUGGGAAAAGGCGGCAUUAUGUGGAAAGAGGUCUUCAUAGUGUGCGCUUUCACCUUCCUCGCCGUCGUUAUUCUCGAAAAUCGCUCCGUGCAAGUUACAAUAUCCCCGCAAGCUGAUUCCAUAAGCGUACAUCGAAAAACGUUUCUAAUGGGAUCCAAUUCCCUCCUCCUGCCAGACACUGUUAAGGCCUCGAACUUAAAUCCUACAAACUCCUCUGACUCAACCGAUACAGUACUAACUGGCAAUGAUCCCGUGCAAAAUGCAUCUGUAGUUAGCGUACCAAUGUCACCCAAACCGACCGUCCGUCCAUCUCGCUUUCACAUAGACAACUUCGGUUUUCCCGGACCUGUGCCGUGGGACUGGAUCCGGCCGUCGAUUCGCGUCCUCUACACAAUGAACGGCCAGAUUGCAGUGCAGCCGCUUUUUUUCAACACCGACGCUCCAGAUUCCGGCGCGGUUCCACCUGUGUGGACAGACGAGGAAAUCAACAGCAUGCUCCGAGUGGCCCGCUCGCGAAAUUUGUCAUCCGGGCAUCUGAGUGGUUAUGACGAUUCGUCAUCAUUGUUUUUUUUCGAGGCGUUUGAUCGCUAUCCAAUUAGAGGAAAAAGUGUACUCAUUAUUGGGAGCCAGACCCCAUGGGUGGAGGCGAUCUGCAUUGCAGCUGAUGCAGGGUCGAUCACGACCGUUGAUUUCAACCCUCCGGUGGUGUCACACCCUAGGAUCAAGUCGAUCUCCAUCGAGCAAUUAGAUGCGAUGGAUGACGUGUUUGACGUCAUCGUUUCGUUUUCUUCGAUUGAGCACGAUGGAUUGGGGAGAUACGGCGAUCCCAUGAAUCCCACGGGCGACCUACAACGGAUGAAAAAGAUCCAGGGCCUGGUUAAACCAGAAGGGCUUUUUUACUUGGGAGUGCCUGUUGGUAAUGACACAAUUGCGUUUAAUGCACACAGGAUAUAUGGCCCACUGCGCAUGCCGAAGCUCAUAGAGGGUUGGAAGCACCUGGACACUAUAGGGGGGAAGCUGGAGGACUUCUACACACAGUAUCAGAAUGGGCUAUUUAUACAACCAAUCCUCAUCUUGCACUAUGUACCUUGA